AUGCCAAUGAUAUUGCCGUUGCAAGGUGAAAAGGCCUCGAUGAAGAUGGAAGCAAGCCAAUACAAGAGAAUGGAAGAAGAAAAGAUAAGCCAUACAGAGGAAUCUCUUGCGAUUUUCGAAGAGCUGAUGUAUCGGAAAGAAAUGGAAAUUUUUUCUCUUGAGUUCCAAAUUGAGGCUUAUAAGUACAAACUUCUAAGUUUGGGGUGUGGUGAAUUGGAUGACAUUGAGAAAAUUUUCCGGAGAAUCGAUUUGCAGAACGAAAUGAUGCAACACAAGGAGAAAGAGAGAUUUAUUCCACUAUUAGAAGACUCAGCUCCCUGCCGUCAUUUCUACCGACGGAUUUCUCUAAAAAUUCUAAAUGAGAAGGUGAAAGAGAUUUCAGAUUGUAAAGAAGUUAGUACAAAGAAGUUACCCAAAAUAAAGGUAAAACCGGAGUCCCAAUGUACCAGUCCAAGAGCAAAACUUCCCCCUAAAUGUCAAAAACUGAAAACUUCUGAAGAUCCAUCAGAGAAAGUCACUCCAAGUUCUGCCAAUUCUGCUAAAUCUGUUCAUGAUGUAUUCAUAGUACAUUGCAAAUUCAAAGUUCUAGAAAGCAGUGAAAGAAAAAAAAGUAAUGAGCAAAAGAAUGAAGGGAAGUUAUAUGUUGAAGAAGAUAAUAGGCUUAAGAAGCCAGAUAUUUCAUGA